UUCAUCAUUCACAACUUCAUCAACUGCUCCCUUUCUUUCUCUGUUGCAUGUUCUGUUUCUGAAGUACUUUAAUUAUUACUUCACUCAACAACAUUCAACAAUGGUUGAGAUUGAGGGAUCUCCAGGAAGCUCCAUGCAUGGAGUAACAGGAAGGGAGCAAACCUUCAUAGCCACAGUUAAUUCCCCAUCUGUCCCAACAGACACCACAGCCAAAUUCGAUUUACCUGUUGAUUCAGAACACAAAGCCAAAGUUUUCAAACUGUUCUCAUUAGCCAAUCCUCACAUGAGAACCUUCCACUUAUCAUGGAUUUCCUUCUUCACCUGUUUUGUCUCUACCUUUGCAGCAGCCCCUCUUGUCCCCAUCAUCCGAGACAACCUCAAUCUCACCAAAAGCGACAUCGGCAACGCCGGUGUCGCUUCUGUCUCCGGCAGCAUUUUCUCCAGGCUCACUAUGGGUGUAAUUUGUGACCUCUUAGGCCCGCGUUACGGCUGCGCCUUCUUGAUCAUGCUGUCUGCACCAACUGUGUUCUGCAUGUCAUUUGUGAAUGAUGCUGCAGGCUACAUUGUGGUUCGGUUCAUGAUCGGGUUCUCAUUGGCCACGUUUGUUUCGUGCCAGUACUGGAUGAGCACCAUGUUUAACACUAAGAUUAUUGGGCUUGUUAAUGGAACUGCAGCUGGGUGGGGUAAUAUGGGUGGUGGGGCCACUCAGCUCAUCAUGCCUAUUGUCUAUGAAUUGAUCAGGAGAGCGGGGUCCACUCCCUUCACUGCUUGGAGGAUUGCCUUCUUCAUCCCUGGUUUCAUGCAUGUAUUCAUGGGGAUCCUUGUCUUAACCCUUGGCCAAGACUUGCCUGAUGGCAACCUCAGUGCCCUCCAGAAGAAGGGUGAUGUUGCUAAAGACAAAUUCUCCAAGGUGUUAUGGUAUGCCAUAACAAAUUACAGGACAUGGAUCUUUGCACUUCUCUAUGGAUACUCUAUGGGAGUUGAAUUAACCACUGACAAUGUCAUUGCUGAGUAUUUCUAUGACAGGUUUAAUCUGAAGCUGCACACAGCUGGAAUCAUAGCUGCUUCAUUUGGAAUGGCAAAUCUUGUUGCUCGCCCCUUUGGCGGAUAUGUAUCUGAUGUUGCAGCGCGGUUGUUUGGUAUGAGAGGAAGACUGUGGACCCUGUGGAUCCUCCAAACACUUGGAGGAGUGUUCUGUAUAUGGCUUGGGCGUGCGAAUUCGCUUCCAAUUGCUGUGUUGGCCAUGAUCCUUUUCUCAGUUGGAGCUCAAGCUGCUUGUGGUGCAACAUUUGGAAUCAUUCCUUUCAUCUCAAGAAGGUCUUUGGGGAUCAUUUCAGGUCUAACCGGUGCAGGUGGAAACUUCGGUUCUGGUUUGACACAAUUGGUAUUCUUUUCAACUUCAAGAUUCUCCACAGCUGCAGGAUUGUCAUGGAUGGGUGUGAUGAUUGUGGGAUGCACUCUCCCCGUGACACUUGUUCACUUCCCACAGUGGGGAAGCAUGUUCCUCCCUCCUUCAAAAGACAUCCACAAGUCCAGUGAAGAACACUAUUACACUGCUGAAUGGGACGAGGAAGAGAGGAAGAAGGGGUUACACUCACAAAGUCUCAAGUUUGCAGAGAAUAGUCGCUCUGAGAGAGGCAAGCGUAUUUCCUCUGCACCAACACCUCCAAACACAACCCCUACGCAUGUCUAGUUUUAAGGCCACUUCAUCUAUCAAGCGGAUUCUCAAGAAAAAGUCAUUUUCAUGGCUCUGUUGUAGCUUCUGCUACAUGUGAAAACACCAUAAAUAAUGAGUUAAAAUGUUAAUGGAUUCCCUGGCUGAAUAAGGUAUCUUAAAACUGUAAAAGCUCUUGCGCUUAGAACUUUGGAGUAUUGUUUUACACCAUUCAAAUUCCUAAAUACAUAGGAUUUGGUGUAUUUUUCUACAUAUAUAAGGACAUAAUAUGUGUAUUGUGAGAGUUCUCACAUGUUGGUUUUGCCAUAGUAAAAAACCGCCACCAUAUUUUAUGACUGAAACAAAAUAUGUAUGUUGGCCGUUCAUUUUCCAAUAAGAAAUUGGCUUAAUUAAGUUUUUGUUCCUA